GCUAUUUCUGCAUGAAAAAAUUCUAUGAAAUAUGGCAGCCUGACAUUGCUGCUAAAAGAAAAAUCUGAAGCAAAAAACGUACAAAAGUAAUAUGUAACAUUGAAUUCAGUAUGCGGUAUCAUUUUAAAGCUCUAUGUUUUUCGGAUGCUGCAUUUCACCAUUUAGAAGACCUUCAGAUCUUUCUGUAGCCUUUUGGAAGGGCACUAAAAAAAUAAACUCUCCGAAAUUGAUCAUAAUGUUUUACUCAGUUCAGAUCGGAGAUACAAUAUUUACAGUUCUUAACAGAUAUCAAAACUUGCACCCAAUAGGUUCUGGAGCUCAAGGAAUGGUUUGUGCUGCCUAUGACACAAUAACUCGACAAAAAGUUGCCAUAAAGAAGCUCAGUCGUCCGUUUCAAAAUGUCACACAUGCCAAAAGAGCAUUCCGUGAACUUAUACUGAUGAAGAUAACAAACCAUAAAAAUAUUAUAGGAUUAUUAAAUGUUUUCACUCCUGACAAAAAUUUAGAAGAAUUUCAAGAUUUAUAUUUAGUUAUGGAAUUGAUGGAUGCUAGUUUGUGCCAAGUUGUUCAAAUGGACCUUGACCACGAGCGAUUGUCAUACCUUUUAUAUCAAAUGUUAUGUGGUAUAAAGCAUCUUCAUUCUGCAGGAAUCAUACACAGAGACUUGAAACCAAGCAAUAUAGUUGUAAAAUCAGAUUGUAGUUUAAAAAUAUUAGAUUUUGGUCUUGCAAGAACGGCUGGAUCCGCAUUCACCAUGACCCCUUAUGUAGUUACCCGUUAUUAUCGUGCACCAGAAAUAAUACUUGGAAUGGGUUAUUCCGAAAACGUGGAUGUUUGGUCCAUUGGUUGUAUUUUUGGUGAAAUGAUCCGUGGUUCUGUCAUGUUUCCAGGCACAGAUCAUAUUGACCAAUGGAAUAAGGUGACAGAACUGCUUGCCACACCACCUCAUUCGUUCUUCGAACGUCUACAACCGUCGGUGCGGAUGUAUUGUUCCAAUCGACCAAAACAAAAAGGAUACACAAUAGAAGAAUUAUUUCCAGAAGAGCUUUUUCCAACUGGAAACAAACAAAAAGUGUUGCAAGCACGAGAUCUUCUCUCGAAAAUGUUAGUAGUGGAUCCUGUGAAGAGAAUUACAAUCAGCCAGGCGCUGAAACAUCCAUAUGUAAAUGUGUGGUACGACGCAGAUGAAGUGGAAGCCCCUGCUCCUGCACAAUACGACCAUACACUCGAUGAAUCCGACCACACUGUGGAAGAAUGGAAAGUGAUGAUAUACAAUGAAGUUUUGUCGUACCAACAUGAACAACAAACAAAAAAUAAAUCGUCCUCAACGUCGUCCACAUCCGAAGUUCGAAAUAAAAAUGUAGAUAGCAAUGGGAAUUCAAAAACGAAUAGUAAGGAUUGAAGGACGCAACACAACUAUUUUAAAAACACCAGCACGUUUUUGUGACAACAAAGAAGUCAAAACUUUUAAAAACGUUCAGUUAUUGUUGAAUAUGUUCACAGCUGUCAAUUAUGACGAUUUUAAGCGAACAUCUGCCUUUAUUAAUUAUUAAAGACAUUUUUUUACCAAUCGUAACAAUUUAUAUGUUUUAACAAGCCCGCAAGUUUUAGAAGACGGUUUGUUUUCACUGUGAACGGGCAUGAUUGUAAAAUAUAUCAUUUGGUCGCCGCCUGUUAAAAUCUAUAAACCACAAGCACUUUUGUUUGAUAUUGUAUUUUAAGCAUAUAGGUUAGAAUUGAAUAUAUAUUUUUCAUGUAAUACAUGCAACUAUAUAACGAUAUCGUUUCAGUUUGGUGUACAUACACAACUAACAUUAGCGGCUUACUAUUUUUGUUGCCAAUUUUUUUUCAAGCUGUUUCCAUGAUGUUUGAACAACAAUCUGAAAUUUUGAUUCUGUGUUUACAAAUGUACAUAUCUCGUAUAAAAUUUUAUCUAUUGAAAAUGCAAAAAAUUAACAUGAAUGUCGUCUACUCAUACACUUAUAUUUUCGUGAAAAAUUAAAUUUUUGUAGUUUAACAUUUUAUUUUAUUACAACACUAUUAUCAACACGUCUGUCAAGAUUUCUCUUCUGCGGGUUUGCUUUGCGAGUCUGCUCUGCAGGUUUGCGUUGCAGGUCUGUUUUGGCAGGGUUUUUCCGCGGUGUAAGAACGGAAUUUAGACUGUCAUUAUUUCUAGUAAAGAAACCUGAGGCGAGGUUGUUUAUAUAUUCUUUAUUUUUUUUUAAAUUUGUCGCUCUAUUUCAUUGGGUGCAUUUACUUCCAAGGCUUGUGGAUGCAGAGUGCAGAGAUAUUUUUUUGCAAUAGAUAGACUUAUUUUGUAUGUGAACAUAACUGUAAAAUCUGUUCAUAAAAACUAUAAAAAAAUACUACAAACAUUUACAA